AUGCCUAAAGCGAAAUCCAACUCUCUUUUACCAAGUGCAAAUUACCCACCCCCUUACCCUACCGCAUUUCUUAACGCAAUUGAUACAUCUCUCCCUCUUUCAAAUUUUAGUACUUCAUCUCAAAUUCUUAUUCCUAUAUUACCAGGCGUACCAUACAUCUUAACACUUACCUUGGAAGAAUUACUCGUACCCAAACUAAACAUUAGUGGAAAAAUUCCUCGUCCGCAAAAUGCCUGGAUGUUAUUUCGUAAGGAUUUUACCGCUGGAACAAAAUUUUUAACCAGGAAUGAUAACAAGAAGUUACGUAUGCAAGAUAUUAGCACAUUGGCUAGUCAUUCUUGGAGACAACAACCUUCUGAAGUCAAGCAAUUCUUUGAAAUCUUACGUAUGGCCGCCAAAGAAACUCAUAACCUGUAUUAUCCGAAUUAUCAAUAUCGUCCUGAAAAAAAAUUAAAGAAAAAUACUCCAGUUGGUAAAGAAAAUGAAAAACGGGAGAAAAUGUUCAGAACUUUUACGGAUCCCAUGCAAGAGGAGAAUUUCAGUGAUUCCAUGCCAUAA